AUGGCGGAAAAAGACGAGGACCAGAGGACCGUCGUCUUCUUCCACCCAGACCUCGGCAUCGGCGGCGCUGAGCGUCUCGUCGUCGACGCCGCGGUCGGUCUGCAGAACCGCGGCCACAAGGUCGUCAUUUUCACCAGCCACUGCGACAGGAGCCACUGCUUCGAGGAAGCUCGCGAUGGAACCCUCGACGUCCGCGUCCGCGGCAACUGGAUUGUCCCCGCCUCCAUCUUCGGCCGCCUGACCAUCCUCUGCGCCAUCCUGCGCCAGCUCCUCCUCAUCGUUCAAAUCUAUGCCACCCGCGAGCUACAGUCCCUAGAACCCGACACCUUCUUCGUCGACCAGCUCAGCGCGGGCCUGCCGCUGCUGCAGUACCUCGUCCCCAAGGCGCCCAUCCUCUUCUACUGCCACUUCCCCGACAUGUACCUCGCCCUCGGCCGCGAGAAGUGGUGGAAGCGCCUCUACCGCGUGCCGUUCGACUGGAUCGAGGAGUGGAGCAUGGGCUUCGCCGAGGAGAUCGCCGUCAACUCGGGCUUCACAAAGGGCGUCGCGACCAAGGCCUGGCCGAAGCUGGCGAAGCGCAAGAACUUCAAGGUCGUCUACCCCUGCGUCGACGUCACGCCGAAGAAGAGCGACACCACCAAGAUGAUUGGCGAGGGCAAGGACAAGGAGGAAGAGGAGGCCAUCUGGACGGAUAAGAACAUCAUCCUCAGCAUCAACCGCUUCGAGAGGAAGAAGGACGUCGCGCUCGCCGUAAAGGCCUUUGCUGCGCUCCCCGCGGACAAGAGGAAGGGCGUGCGGCUGGUGAUUGCGGGCGGCUACGACCUCCGCAGCAUCGAGAACUGCCAGUACCACAAGGAGCUCGAGAAGCUGGCGGCGUCCUACGGCCUCGAGACCUUUACCGCCAAGAACAUCAUCACCGCGCUGUCGGCGCCGGCGCACAUCCCGGUGCUGUUCCUGCUGUCCAUCCCCUCGAGCCUCAAGGACUCGCUCCUGCGGUCGGCCAAGCUUUUGGUCUACACGCCCUCCAACGAGCACUUCGGCAUCGUGCCCCUCGAGGCCAUGCUCGCCGGCGUCCCUGUGCUGGCGGCGAACACGGGCGGGCCCACGGAGACGGUCAUGGACGGCGUCACGGGCUGGCUGCGCGAGCCGGACCAGGUCGAGCAGUGGACGGCGGUCAUGGACAAGGUGCUCAACGGCAUGAGCCGGGCGGAGCUGGAGAAGAUGGGCAGGGACGGGCAGCAGCGCGUGCGCGUCGGGUUCGGGCAGGAGAAGAUGGCGGAGCGGAUCGAGAGAAUACAGGACGACAUGGCGGCGGCGCAGAGGGUGCCGCCCCUGAUGAACGCCGUGCUCAACUUUGUGGGCAUUGGCAUGUUCUUCACGCUGGGCCUGGUCACGUCGCAGAUGUUUGCCAACGCGCGGGCGAAGAAGGCCUACUCCGAGUAG